AUGACCCUCAAGUCCCUGGGUAUGCAGAUCCAGCUGGGCCAUAAUCCUGGUCAUUGGUGCCACAAUCCACAUCCUUCAUCUGGUGACUCCUUUGUCAUGAUUGAUGAGCAUGGUAUUCAUGAGAUCUCAUUGGAUUUUUGUGGUUGUUUUGCCUAUGAAUUUUAUCACAGCUUAGCUAGAUGCACUGACAACAUGGGACUUUCUCUUAUCAAAGUAAGUUUUAACUGUUUGGAUUGUUAUUUGGCUUUCAUGUGUAUUGUCCACAAGUGGCAGCACCUACAACAGGUCAAGUGCACAAAUGGGACUGACAGGGGAGAACUCACUAACCUACCUGAUGGGUGGAUAUAUGCACUUUUUAUUGCAAUCAAUGCAAAUUUUUUGGAUCCAGCUUUGAAUGCUGGGUGGGUGUACUUUGUGGAAGAAACCAAAUACAAAGAAUAUUUAUUUGCGCAGGCAGGUGAGAGACAAGAGCGCAGCACAUGUGUUAGCCAUAGCACCGUCAAUAUGGCAGACACAAAAUCAUCACGUGGCCUUGCAGCAACUGGUGUAGGUACUGUGGACUGUGCAUGCCACGACUUCAAGUUACCAACUGGGGUAGGAGACCUUCAAAAUGGUGAAAAGUGCAUUUUUUAUCUUAAUAUGGACUAUUUGGUGUUCUCAGCCCUGGUUUGGUUUACGAUCAUGAUGCUCAAUAAUUCCUAUGAUAUUGCAUAUCAGUGGUUGAAAAAACUAUGGACUAGGAUGGACUUCAUGCCAACCCACCUGCAUAUAGUGCACAACAUGAUGCUAAUAUAUUAUUUCAUUCCCAAUUUUCACAUUGGAGCUCACAUUGCUGCCUGCCAGACCUCUUACUCAUGGAAUUUAGCCAAGUUUGUAGGCAGGACUGAUGGAGAGGCCCCAGAACAGGGCAACUGGAAUUGGAAGAAAGUAGUGAUGUUCGGUCAGACCUUGAUGCGCAAGAUGAAGGAUGUGGUGAAGUGGAAGAGGGAACACAGAGAUGCCUUGCACAAGCUUGAAGGGACUAUUCAGUUGGUGUUACUGGACGAGUGGAGACUAGAAAUUGAGAGGCUGAAACAUGACAUUGCAAAUAUCUCCCUUCACCCUACCAACAAGCAACAAGAGACCAUUACAAACAGGACCAAUGCACUGCAGAGACAGAUCAACUCAUGGAUAAGCAUCCAAGAACUCUACAUGCCUAUCAUUUCAGCACUGUGUUCAUCAACCAACUAUAAUGCCAGUGCUACCAAAGCUGCUCUCAAGCCCCACCACCUUCCUCUAUAUCUCCCAUCUGCCAUUGACACACCUGAACUGCACCAUGUGCAGGCUCAUAAUGCCCUUAACGACAUAUGUUCCCACCUCUGUCUGUGCUCACAUAUGUAUAAAUUCAAGGACAAGAAUCUAUGUGGUCAAGCAGCAUCCACUCACACUCAGAACUUAAUUGCAUGUGUUGAAGCAAAGAAAGAUGCAGCAGUUGAUAAGUAUAGGCAUGCACAUCAAGCAUUGGAGUCACUGGGCAGUCAUUUGGAUAAGCCUCUUAGAAAUGAGGAUGUGAGACUGAUGGGUGAUUUUGUGGGUGAACAUACUCAGGGAACUGGAAGGAUCUCAUGGAUCUGGCUUGCUACAGAUAUUGACACCAGUCACUCUGAAAAUGACCGGCUCACUGAGAAUGACAAGCAACUAAGUCCAGUUAUAGGUGUUCGCAUUGAGUGGUGUAAGGCUCACACAUGUGCUGUGCAAUGGUCUGAAGAAGUGCAGCUACUUGUCGAAGAAAUGAGACAUUGGCAAGCCCACUGGUGGAGUGAGUGCACAAACCUAUCCAUACUGGAGAAUCCCUCUGACCAGGAGGGGCUUCAGGCUCAUGCAUUUUGUCAAGCUGCACUAUGUUGUUCAAUGCACCACUGA